AUGGGCAGCGUGGCCAAGGACCCGCAGCAGCUCCACCCGUGCGACUCGCUGCUCCUCGAGCUCAACGUGAUCUGGGACGAGGUGGGCGAGCCCGACACGGUGCGGGACAAGACGCUGCUGGAGCUCGAGCAGGAGUGCCUCGACGUCUACCGGAGGAAGGUCGACCAGGCCAACCGCUGCAGGGCCCAGCUGCGCCAGUCCAUCGCCGAGGCCGAGGCCGAGCUCGCUGGCAUCUGCUCCGCCAUAGGCGAGCCACCCGUUCAUGUCAGGCAGCCAAACCAGAAGUUGCAUGGUUUAAGAGAGGAGCUGAAUGCUAUUAUCCCAUACUUGGAGGAUAUGCGGACUAGAAAGGUUGAAAGAUGGAACCAGUUUGUUCAUGUCCUGGAGGAGAUUAAGAAGGUUUCAUCUGAAAUCAGGCCUUCAGACUUUGUGCCAUUUAAAACUCCUGUGGAUCAGUCCGAUCUGUCAUUAAGAAAGCUUGAGGAGUUAACAAAGGAGCUAGAAUCCCUUCAGAAAGAGAAGGCUGAUAGGAUUAAGCAAGUAAUGGACCAUUUGAAUACAUUGCAUUCCUUAUGUGAGGUUCUUGGUAUAGACUUCAAGCAAACAGUACAUGAGGUGCACCCUAGCCUGGAUGAGGCUGAAGGAUCAAAGAACCUGAGCAACACUACAAUCGACAGACUAGCGUCGGCUGUAAAUAGACUGCGUGAAAUGAAAAUUCAGAGGAUGCAAAAGCUUCAAGAUUUUGCUUCCACAAUGCUAGAACUAUGGAAUCUUAUGGAUACACCCAUUGAAGAACAGCAGGUGUUCCAGAAUGUAACAUGCAAUAUUGCAGCUUCGGAGCACGAAAUAACAGAACCCAACACCCUGUCGAUUGACUUCCUCAGCUACGUGGAAGCCGAGGUUUUAAGGCUUGAACAGCUGAAAGGAACCAAAAUGAAGGACCUGGUUUUGAAAAAGAAAUCAGAAUUGGAGGAGCACCGAAGACGUGCACAUUUAGUUGGCGAGGAAGGAUAUUCAGAUGAAUUUAACAUUGAGGCCAUUGAGUCAGGAGCUAUUGAUCCUGCAUUGGUGCUGGAACAAAUUGAGGCUCACAUUGCAACAGUGAAAGAUGAAGCUUUCAGCCGAAAGGACAUUCUUGAGAAGGUCGAAAGGUUUCUGAAUGCUUGCGAGGAGGAAGCCUGGCUGGAAGAUUACAACAAAGAUGACAAUCGUUACAAUGCCGGGAGGGGGGCACAUCUUACGCUCAAGAGGGCUGAGAAAGCUCGCAUUUUGGUUAACAAGAUACCAGGAAUGGUUGAUCUUUUGACCACAAAAAUCAUUGCUUGGGAGAAUGAAAGAGGAAAAGAGUUCACAUAUGAUGGUGUACGCCUUCUCUCAAUGCUUGAUGAAUACAUGAUCGUUCGCCAGGAAAAAGAACAUGAGAAGAAGAGACAAAGGGAUCAAAAGAAGCUCCAGGAUCAACUGAAAGCUGAGCAGGAAGCUCUCUACGGUUCAAAACCAAGUCCAUCGAAGCCUCAGAGCACAAAGAUGGGCGGCGGGAACCGUAGGAUGUCGAUGGGUGGAGGAGCCACUAACCGUAGGAUGUCGAUGGGUGGAGGAGCCACGAUGCAAGUGCCCAAAACAGACAUAUUGCCUUCGAAGAAUGUUCGUGCUGCCAAGAGAACUGAAGACAUUGCCCAUUUGUCCCCUGGCAGUAGAGGCUUAGACAUUGGCGAUCUUCCCAUCAAGAAGUUAUCUUUCAAUGCCAGUACUCUGCGUGAAAUGGAGACACCCCGCAAGCCUUUUGCUCAGAUCAUGCCACCACCGAGCAGCGUCUCGUCAACACCUGUACGGCCGGACACCAAUGUUACAGACACUGAGAACCGGACCCCCAACCCCAAGACGUUCGGAGCACUGAACCCUAAGACGCCAAUGACCGUUGCGGCUCCGAUGCAGCUGGCGAUGACCCCCGCUGUGGCUAACCAGGUUACAGCUGCUCCAGUGUCCCUUGUUUACGAGAAACCAGAGCCAACAUUGCCGGAAGAGAUCGAGUAUUCCUUCGAGGAGAGGCGUCUCGCCCUCUAUCUGUCCAGAGAGAUUGCCUAG